CCUGGUUGAUAAUUUCCUAGACGCCUCCGCGUCAAUAAAAAAAUCUGGCGCAAAAGAGAAAAAAUUAGUAAAUAAUUGCUAAACAGCAGUGAAAAGUGUUUAAAUAUAUUGAUAAACACAGUUGUUGACAGAACAACAUGAUGGCGCGCCGCGGUGGAAAGCGCAUUCGUAUGGAUGAUCCACCUCCGGCCCCAGAAUAUGAAGAAUUGCAUAGCGAUGCAUUAAAUGAAAGCGCUUCGGAUGCUGACAGUCCAACAAAGCGCAUGACUAGGCUGCGUGCUCGAGGAGGAGUACGUGAUAAGCCGCCCAUCAUCGAUGACGAUGAGGAUGAAUUCUUUGCGCCCGUUUCACGUAAACGCAAGACGCCCCAGACUCGUAAGCCGCCAGCAGAACGCAAGGAACGCAUUGAGCGGCCGCGCAAGGAGCCUGUGGAGAAGGCGCAUCACGAGCGCAUUGACAAUGAGCGUGAAAUCACCACAGACGAAAAUAGUUUAUACUACAUAGUGCGGCACUCCAAGAAUCCCAUUGCGAGCAUUGUGGACCAAUGGAUUGAGCAGUACAAAGCGAAUCGGGAGACGGCGCUGGUCGCCUUGAUGCAGUUCUUUAUCAAUGCCAGCGGCUGCAAAGGCAAAAUCUCCGAGGAUAUACAAUAUCCUGUGGAUCACACGGCUAUCAUUCGUCGCAUGACAGAGGAGUUUGAUGAGGAAAGCGGCGAGUAUCCUUUGAUUAUGACAGGCACACAAUGGAAGAAAUUCAAGAAUAACUUUUGUGACUUCGUGCAAACGCUUGUCAAGCAAUGCCAGUACUCCAUUAUCUACGAUCAAUUCUUGAUGGACAAUGUUAUCUCGCUCUUAACUGGUUUAUCCGAUUCUCAAGUGCGCGCUUUUCGUCACACAGCCACAUUGGCAGCCAUGAAGCUAAUGACUGCUUUGGUGGAUGUCGCUCUACUUGUCUCGAAUAAUUUCGAAAAUGCCGCCAAACAAUUUGAAGCCGAGCGCGUCAAGUCACGUGAUCGACGUGCAUCGGAUCGCUUGGACUCGCUAAUGACAAAGCGAUCGGAGCUGGAGGAAAAUAUGGAUGAGAUAAAGAGCAUGUUAACGUACAUGUUCAAGUCGGUGUUUGUGCAUCGCUACCGCGACACGCUGCCUGAUAUUCGUGCCAUUUGCAUGGCAGAGAUUGGCAUCUGGAUGGAGAACUAUCCGCAAAACUUUCUUGAUGAUUCCUAUCUCAAGUACAUUGGUUGGACGUUGCACGAUAAAAUUGGCGAAGUGCGUCUGCGUUGUUUGCAAUCACUGCUGCCGCUCUACGACAAAGAGGAGCUCAAAGGCAAAUUGGAGCUUUUCACUUCGAAGUUCAAGGAUCGCAUUGUGGCCAUGACGCUGGACAAGGAGUUCGAGGUGUCCGUCCAUGCCGUCAAGCUGGUUAUUAGCAUCUUAAAAAUUCAUCCAGAGAUAUUGGCCGACAAGGAUUGUGAAAUCGUUUACGAGCUGGUCUACUCAUCACAUCGCGGCGUUGCCCAGGCAGCUGCCGAGUUUCUCAACGUGCGAUUAUUCCAUUUAACCGCCGACAUGGAAGAAACGAAAACAAAACGCGGCAAACUCAGAUUGCCCAAUACACCAUUGAUUCGCGAUCUUGUGCAAUUCUUUAUUGAAUCAGAACUGCACGAGCAUGGCGCUUAUUUGGUGGAUUCUUUUAUCGACAGCAAUGAGAUGGUGCGCGAUUGGGAGUGUAUGACGGAUCUGCUGCUCGAAGAGCCCGGUCCCAAUGAGGAAGUGCUGGACAAUAAACAGGAAUCCACACUCAUUGAGAUUAUGGUGAGCAGCGUUAAACAAUCUGCCUCGGGAGAAGUGCCAGUGGGACGUGCAAGCAACCGCAAGUUCACACUUAGCUCCAAGGAACUCAAAGCCAUACAGGAUGAAAAAGUUAAGCUGACGGAGCAUUUCAUUGUGACGUUGCCAGCGCUGUUGGAAAAGUAUCAAGCGGAUAGCGAGAAACUGGCCAAUCUGUUGGCAGUGCCGCAAUACUUUGAUCUCAAUCUCUAUACAACAAAUCGACAGGAGGGCAAUCUACAGGCGCUGCUCGACAAGAUAAGUCAGGUGAUGUGUAUGCACACUGGUCGCGAAGUGCUCGAGACUUGCGCCAAGACGCUGGAGUGCCUUUGUGCCGAGGGCAGCGCCACCUACACACGCUGUAACAUUGCGCGUUCCAAUAUCAUCGAGAGUGCGGUCAACAAAUACAAAGACACUAUUGUGGAGUGGCGCAAUCUGAUCUUAGGCGAAGAAACACCAAAUGAGGAUGACAUCUACAACAUAACCAUAACUCUGAAAGUACUCUCAAUUUUGUAUUCAUCGCACAACUUGAAUCCGUGGGAUCUGUUCAAGUCGCUAUUCCGUGACGUUGAGGAAGCACAGUGCAAGGACAACGUUGAACGUUGUCUGCCCAAUGAGGCGUUGGCCUAUUGCAUUGAGGCCUGUUACUUCUCGAUCAGCUGGGGUCUCUACUACGUAGAGAACGAUUGUGAGGCGCUGAAUGUGGCCGAAGUUGUUGGCGAGCUGCGCAGCAAUUUGGACAACUUUAUGGCCGCCUGUUUUGAGCUAACUCGCGACGGGCCCACAGUGCAAAUCCAAGAGGCUGCCUAUCAAUCCAUUUGCGAUCUGCUGAUCAUCUACUCGGAUCAAUUGGCACGCAGCGAAAGCGAGCACAUACGCAGCUUGGAAUACAAGUCGCGAAUGGACGAGCAUCUUAUACUUGACAAUUUCGUGCAGCACUAUGUGUUCUCUUUAAAGCAGGUCGUGGCCCAGGACGAGACACGCAUCGAAGAGCUGCACAAGAAGCGAAACUUUCUCGCCUGCUAUUGCAAGCUGGUCGUUUACAACAUUAUACCCACAAUGCGAGCGGCCAGCAUAUUUAAGUACUAUGUCAAGUGCUAUAAUGAGUAUGGUGACAUUAUCAAAGCAACGUUGGGAAAGGCGCGUGAAAUCAAUAAGGUUAACUUUGCGAUGACACUACUCUUGAGUCUCAUCACGGUGUUCAAGAGUCUGCUGGAACAGAGUGAUGACGGCCCCGUAUCGAAAAGCUCACAGGAGUUUAUCGAUCUCAAGGAAUUGGCAAAACGUUUUGCUCUCACUUUUGGCUUCGAUGCACUCAAAAAUCGCGAAUCUGUUGCGGCCAUUCAUCGUGCCGGCAUUUAUUUUGCAGCCAAAAAGCAACCUGACGAUCCAGUGCGUGCUCCCACUCGUCUGCUGUUCCUCGAAGUGCUCAACGAGUUCAACUACAAGCUGUUGAAACAAGAUAAAAAAGUUAUUAUGGCAUUUCUCGACAAGGUCAUACCACCGGGAAUGCCCUCGAGUCGUGCCGAGGAGUGGCAACCACUUGUGCUCUAUCGCAAUUCGCUGCUCCACGGCGAAACUGACCAGGCGCCGGUGGCCACACGUCGCGCAUACACACGAAAGCGAAGAGAUCACGAUGAGGAUGACGAAGAGGAGGACGAUGAUGAAGAACAUAAUGAUCCUGACUAUAGAGGCUAAGCUCCUCGAAUAGGAAUCAAUCACACACACUUGUACAGUACACACAGAGAUUUAAGAAUAAAAUGUAGUUAUUAAACUGAUUUCAACGUUGAUUUAAA